AUGACUCUGAGACAAGGACAGACCCAACCACAGAACCUGGAGAUGACUCUGAGACAAGGACAGACCCAACCACAGAACCUGGUGAUGACUCUGAGACAAGGACAGACCCAACCACAGAACCUGGAGAUGACUCUGAGACAAGGACAGACCCAACCACAGAACCUGGUGAUGACUCUGAGACAAGGACAGACCCAACCACAGAACCUGGUGAUGACUCUGAGACAAGGACAGACCCAACCACAGAACCUGGUGAUGACUGAGACAAGGACAGACCCAACCACAGAACCUGGACAGACCCAACCACAGAACCUGGUGAUGACUCUGAGACAAGGACAGACCCAACCACAGAACCUGGUGAUGACUCUGAGACAAGGACAGACCCAACCACAGAACCUGGAGAUGACUCUGAGACAAGGACAGACCCAACCACAGAACCUGGAGAUGACUCUGAGACAAGGACAGACCCAACCACAGAACCUGGAGAUGACUCUGAGACAAGGACAGACCCAACCACAGAACCUGGAGAUGACUCUGAGACAAGGACAGACCCAACCACAGAACCUGGAGAUGACUCUGAGACAAGGACAGACCCACCCACAGAACCUGGUGAUGACUCUGAGACAAGGACAGACCCAACCACAGAACCUGGAGAUGACUCUGAGACAAGGACAGACCCAACCACAGAACCUGGUGAUGACUCUGAGACAAGGACAGACCCAACCACAGAACCUGGUGAUGACUCUGAGACAAGGACAGACCCAACCACAGAACCUGAACCUGGUGAUGACUCUGAGACAAGGACAGACCCAACCACAGAACCUGGAGAUGACUCUGAGACAAGGACAGACCCAACCACAGAACCUGGAGAUGACUCUGAGACAAGGACAGACCCAACCACAGAACCUGGAGAUGACUCUGAGACAAGGACAGACCCAACCACAGAACCUGGUGAUGACUCUGAGACAAGGACAGACCCAACCACAGAACCUGGAGAUGACUCUGAGACAAGGACAGACCCAACCACAGAACCUGGUGAUGACUCUGAGACAAGGACAGACCCAACCACAGAACCUGGGGAUGACUCUGAGGCAAGGACAGACCCAACCACAGAACCUGAACCUGGUGAUGACUCUGAGACAAGGACAGACCCAACCACAGAACCUGGUGAUGACUCUGAGACAAGGACAGACCCAACCACAGAACCUGGAGAUGACUCUGAGACAAGGACAGACCCAACCACAGAACCUGGAGAUGACUCUGAGACAAGGACAGACCCAACCACAGAACCUGGAGAUGACUCUGAGACAAGGACAGACCCAACCACAGAACCUGGUGAUGACUCUGAGACAAGGACAGACCCAACCACAGAACCUGGAGAUUACUUUGAGACAAGGACAGACCCAACCACAGAACCUGGAGAUGACUCUGAGACAAGGACAGACCCAACUACAGAACCUGGUGAUGACUCUGAGACAAGGACAGACCCAACCACAGAACCUGGAGAUGACUCUGAGACAAGGACAGACCCAACCACAGAACCUGGUGAUGACUCUGAGACAAGGACAGACCCAACCACAGAACCUGGUGAUGACUCUGAGACAAGGACAGACCCAACCACAGAACCUGGAGAUGACUCUGAGACAAGGACAGACCCAACCACAGAACCUGGAGAUUACUUUGAGACAAGGACAGACCCAACCACAGAACCUGGAGAUGACUCUGAGACAAGGACAGACCCAACCACAGAACCUGGAGAUGACUCUGAGACAAGGACAGACCCAACCACAGAACCUGGAGAUGACUCUGAGACAAGGACAGACCCAACCACAGAACCUGGAGAUGACUCUGAGACAGGGACAGACCCAACCACAGAACCUGGUGAUGACUCUGAGACAAGGACAGACCCAACCACAGAACCUGGUGAUGACUCUGAGACAAGGACAGACCCAACCACAGAACCUGGUGAUGACUGAGACAAGGACAGACCCAACCACAGAACCUGUGAUGACUCUGAGACAAGGACAGACCCAACCACAGAACCUGGUGAUGACUCUGAGACAAGGACAGACCCAACCACAGAACCUGGAGAUGACUCUGAGACAAGGACAGACCCAACCACAGAACCUGGAGAUGACUCUGAGACAAGGACAGACCCAACCACAGAACCUGGAGAUGACUCUGAGACAAGGACAGACCCAACCACAGAACCUGGAGAUGACUCUGAGACAAGGACAGACCCAACCACAGAACCUGGAGAUGACUCUGAGACAAGGACAGACCCAACCACAGAACCUGGUGAUGACUCUGAGACAAGGACAGACCCAACCACAGAACCUGGUGAUGACUCUGAGGCAAGGACAGACCCAACCACAGAACCUGGUGAUGACUCUGAGACAAGGACAGACCCAACCACAGAACCUGGUGAUGACUGAGACAAGGACAGACCCAACCACAGAACCUGGUGAUGACUCUGAGACAAGGACAGACCCAACCACAGAACCUGGAGAUGACUCUGAGACAAGGACAGACCCAACCACAGAACCUGGAGAUUACUCUGAGACAAGGACAGACCCAACCACAGAACCUGGAGAUGACUCUGAGACAAGGACAGACCCAACCACAGAACCUGGAGAUGACUCUGAGACAAGGACAGACCCAACCACAGAACCUGGAGAUGACUCUGAGACAAGGACAGACCCAACCACAGAACCUGGAGAUGACUCUGAGACAGGGACAGACCCAACCACAGAACCUGGACAGACCCAACCAAAGAACCUGGAGAUGACUCUGAGACAAGGACAGACCCAACCAAAGAACCUGGAGAGGACUCUGAGACAAGGACAGACCCAACCACAGAACCCUGUGAUGACUCUGAGACAAGGACAGACCCAACCACAGAACCUGGUGAUGACUCUGAGACAAGGACAGACCCAACCACAGAACCUGGAGAUGACUCUGAGACAAGGACAGACCCAACCACAGAACCUGGUGAUGACUCUGAGACAAGGACAGACCCAACCACAGAACCUGGAGAUGACUCUGAGACAAGGACAGACCCAACCACAGAACCUGGAGAUGACUCUGAGACAAGGACAGACCCAACCACAGAACCUGGAGAUGACUCUGAGACAAGGACAGACCCAACCACAGAACCUGAACCUGGAGAUGACUCUGAGACAAGGACAGACCCAACCACAGAACCUGGAGAUGACUCUGAGACAAGGACAGACCCAACCACAGAACCUGGAGAUGACUGAGACAAGGACAGACCCAACCACAGAACCUGGAGAUGACUCUGAGACAAGGACAGACCCAACCACAGAACCUGGAGAUGACUCUGAGACAAGGACAGACCCAACCACAGAACCUGGUGAUGACUGA